UAAUCGAGAUGUUGAGCCAACUUUCGAGAUUAUUCUAAAAGUUUCCAUAUCAAUAAACUUUUUUGGAAAUUUCAUCUUGCAAGAUGUCGAAGGCAACGUCCGCGUGUUCUCAAAAGAAGACCUCUCUCCUGGAUCCGAGUCCAAAAAAGUCAUCUGUAAUUGAAACAACAACCAAAAAAACUUCUGGGAUUGAGUCCAAACUAUUGCCAAAUGAGCUUCCAUCAACUGGAACAACUGGAACUAGCGGUGUUAAGAAUGGGGCUUCAAGUCCAAAAACUAGCCCAGCAAAAACCACUACUACCACAACUACCGUAGUCACUCAAAAAGUUUCAAAUCAACCAACUGCACCCAUUUCAACACUUCCACCUCGUAAGCCAACAGCCCAAAAAAGUCGCGAAUUGUCCCCUCCAAAAGCGAAGAAAUCUCCGAGUCCAAGUCGUACUGGUUCAGGUGACUCUGGUUCAAGAAAGGAAAGCAGUGCAUCCAGAAAAGAUUCUUCGAAAACCGAAAAAUUGGUCAAAGAUUUGGAAAAUGUCAAAUUGGAGAAAGGAGAUUCCCGUGAAUCGGCUACUCUUCCAACUCCGAAGCAGUAUCCAGCUUCGGACGAUGAGGAAGACACGAAGGAAAGAAAAUCACUUCGUUUUGGAACAACCACAGAAUGGCAAUCGGAUAACUUGGAAGAGUUCUACAGAGAGCAUGAGAAGUUUCCAAAUGCAGAAGCCGUUAAGAAAUUUGGGCAAAUGUAUUCAAUGACUGAGCUCAUUGCAGAGACUUGGCUCGAAACUCGUCGCCAACAAACGUAUCAGAAAUACGUGGAAAAAGGUCUUCAAACAGAUCCAUCUGUCAUUCAAUUUUAUUGUGAAUCUCUGAAAAUUGCCGAAGGUCUUCGUUUGGAAAAUCCAAGUAUUCAAACCAAAUCAUUCUUUUCCUUGAAUGGAGUCAAUGCUCUUGAACAGAAAAAAGAAGAAGAAGAGAAAAUGCAACCAGUCAUUUCAGUUUCAUCUAACAAAGUUUUCAUUAGUCCAAAAAAAGAGCAAAAGUGUCAGUUGACCAUCAAAAAUGACGGAGAAGUCAAUGUAGUGUAUCAGAUAAGUAUCAUGAAUGCGGCAAAUUAUGUCAUGUCACCAAUCUGUGCAAUAUUGCUUCCAAAAGAGGAAUUGACACUUAAUAUCACAAGAAAGCCGGGAAAGCUUCUUGAAGAAGAGUUCUUCCGUAUUGACUACGGUGUUGCUCCUGAAGGAAUCAUUGAUGCACGUGAUUCUUCUGAUCGAGCAGAAUUUACCAAUCGGGAAAUAAUCGAAGUUGUCGAGAUCGAUGAAAAAGAAAUGAAAAUUGUCCGUUAAUUAAUUCAUACUUGUAUCAAUCAAAACUUAGUUUGAAAGCACAAAAAUUCCUUGAUCAAUUCAAAAAUUACUUCUGUUUUUUUCGAAAGUUGUAUUAACUUUGUAUGAACUUGACAUGAACCCUGCAAGUAAUGUACUAAUAUGUACACUAAAAUUCAAUUAUUCUCAUGUCACCUUUCUUGUAAAAUCAAAAUAAUCUGAUUUCCCCCCAUGCCUGACUUUACUAUUUCAUUAACUCAGCGCUCGAGUGUCUCUGCUGAAAUCACAUCAUAAAUCUAUUUGUAUAACUUUAUUAAUAAUAAAUGUACUUCAUUG